GGUGCUCCACAACCAGAAGCUUCUUGGAAAAAAGAUGGCAAUCCAAUUAGUCCAGCUAAUGUUGACAUGCAGACAACUCAACGUAAUUCUAAAUUGACAAUCCCUGCAGCUGAAAUCGAAGAUACUGGUGUUUAUGAAUUAACAUUAAAGAAUGAAGCUGGUACUGAAACAGUUCCUGUAAAAGUCAUUGUUGUUGAUAAACCAGGUAGACCCAAAGGACCAUUAGAUGUAGUUGAUAUUUAUGCAGAAAGAUGUGCUUUAAUGUGGGAUAAACCUACAAAUGAUGGUGGAUCUCCAAUUACUGGUUAUGUAGUAGAAAAAUUAGACACAGCUACUGAUAAAUGGGUAAAAGUUUGUGAAACUGAUGCUGAAGAUUUGGAGGUAGAUGUUAGUGAUCUUGAAACUGGACAUAAGUAUGCUUUCAGAGUGUCAGCUGUGAAUGAAUUUGGUGUUGGUUUACCAUUAGAAACGGAUGGUGAAAUAUUGGCCAAAGAUCCAUGGGAUCCAUCUGACGCUCCUGGUACUCCAAAUAUAUUAGAUUAUGAUAAAGAUUAUGUUGAAGUUGGCUGGGAAGCUCCUAAAGAUGAUGGAGGAGCACCCAUUCAGUCAUAUAAUAUUGAAUAUAGAGAGAAAGGAACAGAUACAUGGAAGAAGGGAACUGAAGUACCUGGAACAGAAGAGAAGGGAACUGUGAGUGGUUUAGUAGAAGGAAAGGAGUACGAAUUUCGUGUUGCUGCUAAAAACAAAGCAGGAUUAUCACCAUUUAGUGAAGUUUCUGGACCUGUUGUUACUAAAAAUAGAAAAGUAAAACCCAGAAUUGAUGAAAGAACAUUGCCACAGAAUAUUAAAAUUAAAGUUGGUCAAGCUCUGAAUAUGCCUGUUGAUUUUGUUGGUGAACCUUUCCCAGUUGCCAAAUGGGAACUAAAACCUAUGACCGUUAUAGCAAAUGAUGAAAAUUUAUCAAUUAAAACUGGUCCAAAAUCAUCAGUCUUGAAAAAUACAUCAGCUGUUCGUAAGGAUACUGGUGAAUAUAUGAUAACAAUUGAAAAUCGUCAUGGAAAAGAUUCAGCUGUAAUUAGCGUUGUUGUAUUAGGACCUCCCGGCAAACCAGGUGGACCUAUAAAAUUAUCUGGUCUAUGUAAAGAUAGUGUAAAUUUAAGUUGGCUACCACCAGUUGAUGAUGGUGGUGCUGGAAUCGACUCCUAUCGUGUUGAAAAAUAUGAUAUGAAAAAAGGUGUUUGGGAGAAAGUUGCAAAUGUUCACGGAAACAAGUGUACAGUUCCUAAGUUACAAGAAAACCAUGAGUACAAAUUUCGAGUUAUUGCUGAAUCACCUAAUGGGGACAGUGAGCCUUUAGAAACUCCUGAUGCAGUUCUGGCUAAAAAACCUUUUGAUGAACCACACCCACCUGGAGUACCUACUGCUACAGAACAAGCCCGAGAUCACAUAAGUUUAACUUGGGAUCCACCAGAGAAUGAUGGUGGUUCACCUGUUAUAGGAUAUGAUGUUGAAAGAAAAGAUCCCAAAACAAAUAGAUGGGUACCAAUAACCAAAGUACCAGUUGAGGGAAAUGAGUUUACUGAUGAGAAGGUACAAGCAGAAAAAGAAUAUGAAUAUCGAGUGAUAGCUAUUAAUGAAGCAGGUCCCUCUGAUCCUAGUCUGUCCUCUAAGCCUAUUAUAGCAAAGCCAUUAAAAGAAUCACCAAAGCUAGAUUUAUCAUCUUUAUUUGGUGCUAAAGAAAUUAGAGUUAGAGCUGGAGAGCCUAUUGAUCUGAAAUUGGGAAUUGAUGGUGCCCCUACUCCUACUGUAGAAUGGAAACAAAAUGACCAACCACUUACUCCUGGGCGGGUACAAACAACAAGUGAUGAAAAACAAGCCAAAUUUCAUAUACCAAGAUCUCAAAGGAGUGACACAGGAAAAUAUAAAGUGAAAGUUUCAAAUGAAAUGGGUGAAGAGGAGGCAGAUAUUAAUAUAGUAGUUUUAGAUAAACCUGGAGCACCAGCUGGACCAUUAGAUGUAAGUGAUAUAACAGCUGAAACUUGCAAAUUGAAGUGGAAUCCACCUGAAGACAAUGGUGGAGGAGAAAUUACAGGAUAUAUUGUUGAGAAACAAGAAGAAGGUUCCAAUAUAUGGGAGAAGGUGCCAGGUAUGGUAACUGGAACAUCACAUAAUGUCAGAGGGUUGAAAGAUGGUAAACAUUAUACAUUUAGAGUUAAAGCUGAGAAUAUAUAUGGCACUGGGGAACCUCUUGUAGGUGAUAAGAUGCUUGCUAAGAAUCCAUUUGUCGCUGUUGGAUCACCUGGUACGCCAAAUGUAGACAAAAUAACAAAGAAUAGUGUUGAUCUAACAUGGACCAAGCCAUCAAAUGAUGGUGGUUCGAAAAUAACUGGGUAUGUGGUUGAAAAGAAGAAGAAAGGAGGAGAUUGGAUGGAUGCUAUUUCGGUGCCUGCUAAUAAUUUAAGUGCCACGAUACCUAAUUUAAUGGAAGGAGAAGAGUAUGAAUUUCGAGUUAAAGGUGUAAAUGCUAUAGGUCCAGGUGAUGCUAGCAGACCAACAAAUUUGGUUAAAGCGGAAGAUCAGCCAUGUAAACCUAAACUAGAUAUGUCAGCUGUGCGUGGUAUAACAGUUAAGGCCGGCACACCAUUCCAGAUAAAAGUACCUUUUACUGCAACGCCUAAGCCUAGAUCAGUGUGGCAGUUAGAAGAUAGCGAGGUGGAAGAUUCCCCUCGAGUAACAAACACUGUAAGUUGUUUCUUCUCUAAAAAUUAUAUUUGUUUGUCCAAAUCUCAGAGAAGUGAUUCAGGAAAAUAUAAGCUCACUUUGACAAACCCAUCUGGAUCAGAAUCUGGCUAUUGUAGAGUUAAUGUUUUAGAUAAACCAGGAAUUCCCACUGGACCCAUCACAACUGCCGACAUGGAAGGAGAAUCUUUAACAUUGAAUUGGAAUCCUCCAGAAGAUGAUGGGGGAGAAAAAAUAUCAAAUUACAUUGUUGAAAAGCGAAAAGUAGGUAGUGGUAGAUGGCAAAAAGUCAGUAGUUUCUUAACAACACCUACUUGUAACGUAAGAAACUUAGAACCAGGAACCAAAUAUGAUUUCCGAAUAUUUGCUGAGAACCCUCAUGGUGUUAGUGAUGCUUUAGAGACCAAAGAAGCAAUUCUUGCGAAACUGCCAUAUGACCCACCAGGGAGUCCUUCUACACCAAAGUGUGUCUCUACAACAGAAGAUUCAAUUACAUUGAACUGGAAUCCUCCUCGUAAUGACGGAGGUGCACCAAUAUAUGGUUAUAUGGUAGAAAAAAGAGAAAAGGGCUCUGAAAACUGGACAAAAGCACACACAAUGGAGAUCCCUGACAAUGAGUUAACAGUUAAAGGUUUAAUGGAGGGUAAAGAAUAUGAAUUUAGAGUUUGUGCUGUUAAUGCAGCAGGUUCUGGCGACUAUAGCACAACAUCAGACAUGAUUAAAGCACAACCACCACCAAUGCAACCAAAAAUUUCUAAAGAUUUGAUGAGUGGAAGAGAUAUUAUAGCAAAAGUUGGACAGCCAUUCAAGAUAUCAGUACCCUAUAAAGGAAAUCCUAUUCCUACAGUUACUUGGACUAUGGGUGGUAGUAACAUAAGAGAAUCUGAUAGAAUAGUUUUUACAAAUAAGCCAGAUGAAAUUUUAUUUGAAUGUAAAGCAGCAGAACGGGGUGAUCAAGGAAAAUACAACUUACUUUUACAAAACGAAAAAGGAUUGGACAGCUGCACUGUUAAUGUAGUAGUGGUUGAUGCACCUUCUAAACCAGAGGGACCAAUUGAUGUUAGUAAGGUAACACCAGAUUCUUGUUUCCUGUCCUGGAAUCCACCAAAGGACGUACAUAGUAAUCCAGUAAGUAAUUAUCGAGUAGAAAAACAAGAUAUACGUACUGGUAAAUGGGAAAAUUGCAGCAAAUUUGUCCGUGGAACAAAUUAUGAAAUUAUGGGUCUUCAAGAAGGUCAUCAAUAUCAUUUCCGUGUUUGUGCAGAGAAUGAACAUGGUGUUAGUGAACCUUUAGAAACAGUAACUGCUACAACUGCAGAAAGUCCAUUUCAUAAACCUUCAGCACCUGGUGUGCCAUCACCUUUGAAUGUUGGUAGAACGUAUGUUGCAUUAAGAUGGGAUCCCCCAAGAUCUGAUGGUGGAACUAAACUUAAAGGUUAUAAUGUGGAAAAGAAAGAAAAGGGAAGUGAUAAAUGGUUUCGUGCCAAUGAAUUUCCAGUUAUUGAUAAUGAAUUUACAGUCACAAAUCUACCAGAAAAUGCUGAAUAUGAAUUUCGAGUAUGCGGGGUCAAUGCUGUUGGUAAUGGAGAACCAAGUUUACCU